UCCAAAGAUCACACAUCCAAACUCCCAUUAGUUGAGUGUAGUUUUAUUAUUCAAAGUUCCAAUUUUGUUGGACAUUUUGGCUUACUCGGUUUGGGUGGUUUAAUGGCAAAAUCACAUUCUUUCUUUCGAUAUAUUCUUCCCAAGACUCUUUAUAAAUGUCUAAUUCUGUCAUGAAACCGAUAAAUGACUAAUCAAACUAAUAUUUCCUUUGCACUUUGCAUAAUAAUAGAAACUGGAACUGGCAUAUUCCUUUAAGAAAAAUGUAUCUCUUCUUAUUCAUUCUUGUCUUUGUUUGAUCUAGAUAAACGAAUUUAUGUAGAAACUUUGUAUAAUUUUUUUGUUUUGGAUUUAUGCAUGGAGGAAAUAAGCAAAAUUUGAAGGUAUUUUCUUAGUUUCUAGGAAUAAGCCGCCACUGACGUCAUGGAUGAGUUAGAGUGGUUGGAGCUUUGAAUACCGAAGGGUGUGUAUAGAAGAAUCUUUCUGAUACAAAGUAGUGUCAUGGUACAGAGAGGCAAAGACUUUGUUUAUAUUAUUGUAGAUACACUUGAUGAAGUAAUAUUAGGAUAUGGUCAAAUAUCAUUUCCUAUUAGAGAUCGAUGGAGUAAGCUUCCUUGAAAUUUCAUACAACGUGCCAUCUAAAAUAAGUCAAGUCGCCUUGAUGAGUUGCUGCACUACAAGCUUUUUUAGUCUAUAAGAUCCGAGUUUUUCUCCAAGUCCCAACAUAUAACCGGUGAAAAUGUACAUUACAAGGCGUUUGUCAGAGUACAGGAGGAAUCCAUCAGAGCUGACACAGCCUCCUCCUGAGGGUCCAAGCUCUGGAGUUUUGGUGAUCCAUGACCAACACUCACAGAUACAGUCUACGUGUUGCUUUGGCUCGUGUGAGGUCGUGGAGUGUAAUCAUAGUGGUUUGCCGUUAACCCAAAAUCUAAAGCUAGCUGUCCUAUUCAAUAGUGGAGGAGACGACAGUACUAAUGACCCAAUCGUGUUCAUUCCUGUUCUUGAUAAGCCUCUGUCUUCAAACUGCUACUACGCUAUUAGGCGACGUGGGAAGUAUUCAGGAGAAGCAUCUACUAGCGCCAAAGAGGAAGAUAUAGUCUCUUGUUGCUUGUGCCUUACGCAAGUUCCUGAAGCUAAACCAAAGCAACUAGAUCCUUAUGACAUAUACCAACAGUUCGAGAUCCAUCAAAAGAAACCAUCCUCGCGUUAUUACCACGCAACAUAUGUUGCUCCUGACGGGGUCCCACCAUGGUUCCUCAAGAAGAAAGAGUGGACGGUUUCAUACUCUAGGUCCCAAGAAUUUGAACUGAGAGAUGAUGCAAAAGGACUCAACAAAGAGCUUCGUGGCAAGCUUCCAGCUCUUGGCGAGAGCGUUGUGGUUGGGAAGUGGUAUGUCCCUUUCAUAUUCGUGAAAGAAAGAGACGCAAAGGAUCAGAUCAAGAGAUCCGUGUAUCACAGCAUGACUCUUGAACAGAGAUGGGAAGAGGUUUUCUCUUAUGAGAAUGAUAAAAGCGAAAACGGUGAUGUUGUGGUUGAUGUGGAAGUAGAAGAUGAAGUUGUGAAGCUUGGGGGACAAGAAAUUACAAGAGGUGUGAAUGAAAAUGGGUUUGUUUGGUUUGGGGUUGGAGACAGGAAGAUCGGUUUAAGGUCAGUGGUUGUUGAGAGGAUGAAAUGGGAAGAAGAGAGAUUUGGGUGGAGAAGCAAAGGCGAGCAGGAGCGAGCAAUGGUGGUUAAGAGACUGGAGGAGAAUCCAAAAGAUGGUAGUUUUUGGAAGAGUUAUCAUUGUUAUGUUUUGAUAGAAAGCUUCGUAUUGAAGAGAAUGGAUGAGAGCUUGGUCUUAACAUAUGAGUUCAGACAUGCUGAUAAGCUCAAGAGUAAAUGGAGUGAGCUUGUUGGCGCAACGUAAAGUUACGUAAAUGAAAAAGAAUGAGAAAAAUAAAAUAUAUUGGUAAA